UGUGCCUGUUAAUAAGAUUAGUAAUUAAAAAGCUUGAUAGCAAUUGGCAAGUAUACUCCCCUCUCAGUUGGGUUGGCUUUGAGUCUCAGGCAGGGCUUUGAAGAGCAUCUGAAGGAGUGAAGUCAAGAACCCUCUGCUGAAAUCUGUGUUUGAAAGUGCAAAUGGAAAAUACCCGGCCAUUAUGGGACAAUCCCUUACAGUUUGUUUUUGCCUGCAUUUCUUAUGCAGUGGGGCUGGGAAAUGUUUGGAGAUUUCCAUAUUUAUGUCAGCUAUAUGGAGGAGGGGGAUUUUUAAUCCCAUAUUUCAUCAUGUUAAUUGUAGAAGGGAUGCCUUUGCUAUUCCUGGAGUUGGCAGUGGGACAGCACAUGCGCCAAGGGAGCAUAGGCGCAUGGAAAAUCAUAAGCCCCUACCUCAGGGGGGUUGGCAUUGCCAGUGUGGUGGUGUCAUUUUUCCUCUCCACGUACUAUAACGUUAUAAAUGCCUGGGCAUUCUGGUACCUAUUCCAUUCAUUCCAGGAUCCCUUGCCAUGGGCCAGUUGUCCACUGAACAGUAACCACACUGGUUUUGACGAAGAAUGUGCGAAGACCUCAUCUACUCAGUACUUUUGGUACAGGAAAACCCUGAACAUUUCACCAUCCAUUGAGGAGUAUGGGAGCAUCCAGUGGGAGCAAGCGGUAUGCCUGAUCCUGGCUUGGCUGGUGGUCUAUCUGUGUAUUCUGCGAGGAACAGAGUCUACUGGCAAGGUUGUCUACGUAACAGCUUCUUUGCCAUAUAUUGUCCUCAUCAUAUAUUUAAUUAGAGGACUAACACUACAUGGAGCUGUGAAUGGGCUGAUUUACAUGUUUACACCAAAGCUAGACCAAUUAGCAAAUCCUAAAACCUGGAUUAAUGCAGCUACCCAGAUCUUUUUCUCACUUGGUCUUGGUUUCGGAAGCCUGAUAGCAUUUGCCAGCUACAAUGAGCCAAACAACAACUGCGAGAGACAUGCCAUAAUCGUCUCUUUGAUAAACAGCAGCACAUCAAUAUUUGCCAGUAUUGUGACUUUCUCUAUCUAUGGCUUUAAGGCGACUUUCAACUACGAAAACUGUCUAAGCAAGGUAAUACUGCUGUUGACAAAUGUUUUUGACUUGGAAGAAGGAGCUUUAACUGCAGACAAUCUCGACAGUAUGAAAGAUUACCUAACAUCUGCUUACCAAAGCCAGUAUGCGGAAUUAUUGCCACAGAUUAAAAACUGCAGUUUGGAAGCUGAACUAGACACGGCUGUCCAAGGCACUGGACUGGCAUUUAUAGUGUAUUCGGAAGCAAUAAAAAACAUGGAGGUCUCUCAGCUGUAUUCAGUGCUGUACUUUAUUAUGCUGCUGAUGCUGGGCAUAGGCAGUAUGCUGGGAAACACUACAGCUAUCCUCACCCCUUUGACAGACAGCAAAUUUCUGUCCACCCAUUUAUCUAAAGAGGUGAUCUCAGGUAUUGUGUGUUUCAUCAACUGCAUUGUUGGCCUGGUGUUCACCAUGGAGGCUGGAAACUAUUGGUUCGACAUAUUCAAUGACUAUGCAGUUACCCUCUCUCUGCUGCUCAUCGUUCUGGUGGAGACAAUCGCAGUGUGUUACAUCUAUGGGCUAAAGCGAUUUGAAAAAGACCUUCUCCUAAUGCUCGGACAUAAGCCAAACUGGUAUUGGAAAAUUAUGUGGGCUUUUGCCAGUCCUGUGCUAAUUAUAAGCUUGUUUAUAUUUUACCUCACUGACUACAUCAGCACAGGAACCCUGCAAUACAAAGCCUGGGAUGCCACACAGGGUCAACUGGUUACAAAAGACUAUCCAAAUUAUGCCCUGGCAGUUAUUGGACUACUUGUGGCUGCAUCCACAAUGUGUAUACCACUAGGUGCAUUAAUAGUUUUUAUUAUGAAGAGACUGAAGAAGAGAAAUGUAUCAACUCUUGAAUGA